CACUGUUUGGCCACGCCCACUUCCGCCAAGACGUCGUAGCAGUUAAGAGGAAAUGCCGCCAUUAUCGAAGUAGAAGUUUACGGAGAGAUUCCUCUGACUAAAAGCUUGUUAGAAACUGCUCUCAGGCUGCAGCCAAAACUGAUCCCGUCAUGGCUGUCAGUGUCUUCGUUCUCCUCAGCAGUCUUGGCCUUGUUUUCACAGCUCAAGCUCAAGAUUGUACCACACCUACACCAGGACCCCAUAUGGUUUUGAGAGACAAAGACAUUGUCUUAGAAGAGUUCCCAGAGGGGACCAGAGUUGGCUUUACCUGUGAAAUUGGCUACGAGAUUAUCCGUGGGUCGAUAUUCAGUACUUGCACAGCUGGGAAAUGGAGUGACGUGAGCCUGGAAUGUGACAGAAAGAGCUGCGGUUCAGCUGGAGAGGUGAAUGACAAUCGUGGUUAUGUAGAUUACUCCAAUGGGAAUCAGUUUGGAGAUGUAGCUGUGGUCUAUUGCAACACAGGUUACAGAUUGGUUGGUAACAACAGAAUCCGUUGUGGAGCCCAAGGCUGGAUGGACAGGCUACCCGUAUGUGAAGUGGUUACAUGUGCUCCACCACCUCGGAUAGAUCGUGGCACAUUCAGUCCAGAGAAAGAAUCUCACUACAACUACAAUGACAUUGUGCAGUACGUCUGUGAGAGGGGUCUUACUCUGAGUCAUUCCAAACCACUCACAUGCUCAGAAAAUGGAACAUUUACACCUGAAGCGCCAUCGUGUGAAAAUUUCGAGUGCAAACCACCAAAUAUUGCCAAUGCCCUCUGGGAGGCAGGUACUCCUCAAGCUCCUUAUAAACACAAGGCUACCGUGACACACAUUUGCAAAGAUGGAUAUAAGAUGUUUGGAGAGCCUACCUCUGAAUGUGAUAAAAAUGAGUGGAAACCUAAACUUCUAGAGUGUAAACCUAAGAACUGUUCCACACCUGUUGGACAACCCAACUCAAGUCUGAAGGACAAAGAAACAUAUUCAGGAUUUUUCCCACACGAGACCAGAAUUACUUUUGUCUGUGAUGACAACUUCGAGUCUUCCGGAGGGUCCGCAGUCAGUACUUGUAACCUUGGGAAUUGGAGUCCUGGUGUGACGCUGACAUGCAAGAAGAAGAAGUCACCUCCUGUUGAAGGGGAUGGUAGUGAUAAUGGCGAUGACAAAGACAACGGUGAUCAGACAAAACCAGACGACAAUAACAACAAUGGUGGUAAAAUCGCUGCCGGGGUGCUUUGUUGUGCCGCUGUUGUUGGUGGUGGUGUCGCUGCUUGGACAGUUUACAAGAAAAAGAAAAAGCAAGGCAAUAAGAAAGGAGAUGCUGAAGAUAACGAAGAGGCUGUGCAGCUUCAAAGUUGUAAGCACAGCAGUCCUGUUGCUCCAACAUUACUGCAAGUGAAUACGUCUGACUAAGAAGAGGAUUGUCAGUGGAGGACUCCUAUUUGAAUGUAUUUAUCCCGCCCAGGUGCACGUGGAUGGUGAAGGCUCAUGAACACCCCUGGAAUAUGUUUCCGAACACGAGUCUGGGAUUGUGCAUCCUCAGCAGAUUGAACUCAAGCCUUAGCAUAUGCUCUGUGGGGUUUCUCUGAUUAGUAGACAGGAAAUUAUAUUUUGGUAGCUCACUCUAAAUGCCUUCAUUUUAGCCCUGCAUAAUUCAGCUCAUGGUGGGAUGCUUUGUACUUCCUUUAAAACAGUUGAUAAACUGCAUUAUUAUGGAGGAGAUUUUGUUUUUAAUCAGAGAUGUAAAUUUGCACUAAAGCGCACGGCUCAGCUGUUACACUUAAAAUCAGAUAAAUGCAUCGCUCAGCUUCAGUAUAGCUGACUCCUAGCAGAUAAAUUAGUCCUUCAGUCUUGUACAUUCAACCUCCACCAUUACUGAAAUAAUAUCGGAUCUGUGAAACAGUUCCCAGCACUGUGCUUGAACAUAAGUAAUGUUCAAUAUGCCUUAAUGAAGAAACUGUCAAGUUUGUUGUCUGUUUUUGUGGUUUUUCCUGUGUUUCAUAAAAAUGAACCCACACUGGGGUUUUUAAUGGAGGCUUUAAUGUUAGCCUGCUUUAGCUAAAUCAUUAUUGAGAGUGUUGAGCUAAGUUUAAAUUUGGCACGUUGGUUUUUUGUGCCCUGUGGCUGCACCAAACUAAUUUUUCACUUACAAAGAAAAAAUCAAAUCAAAGGUUUUUGUUUCAAAUUAUUUUCCUAGAGCUUCAGUUUCAGAAUAAUUUCAAAAAAGGAGGUAAGUAUUAUGAUGUUACAUAUUGUUGUAUAAAAUUUAUCUCUGACCCUUUUUUUGCACUUGUCUGGCUUUUUAAUCUUUAUUUAUUGAAAGUAAGUUUGUGUCUGGACAUCUCAUUAAACAGGUGCUGUAUUAUUUGUAGGAAGGGGUGAGAGCUGCUUUCAUGUCAGCACUACUUUUUAUAAUAAAUUAGUGAAAUUAAAUAAUUCCACUCAUGACUGUUUGAUCCAAAUGUAUUCAUUUAUUAUAAAAGACAAAGGCAAUUCAAUAAAUGUAAAUGCAAAGCUUAAUUCAUUUUUUCUUUAUUAAACAUUGAGCAUGCUCAAAAGAAAAUAUAGUUGAUUCUAUUUAAAUAAUAGUCUCUGAUACAUUGCAUUUAGGUUUUCAUACAUGCAGACUUUCUAUCUUUGAGUUUAGUCAUAAAUAUUUAAUCAACACAGCAGAUGACCCAUCAACUAUGCUGUUUUCCUGUAUAACUACACAUGAAUAAUGUAUAAUGGCAUAGUGCUGUAACUUGGUAUGCAUCUAUAAUGCAGCAUCAAAAUUAAACAAGAAUCCAAGAUGUUCUUUUAAAGCUCAAGUUAGAAAAUAUUGAAAUGAUACAUAUUAAAAGCCUCUUAGCAUUGAAAUACUAUCAGUACUAGAAGCCUGUCUUUUAUUUAAGGUUGCAGUGCCACCUUGUGGAUUUUACACUGUACUGCAACAUGUGUUAAUUAAUUCCGAGCAAUUGGCCGACAAUUUUCCAGUGCAGGAAUCUCAAAAAAUCUGAUUUACUCACUAUAAAAAAAAAAUGUAUAAAUGCGUAUUUAUACCCUCAUCAAAACAUUUCAAAGUAAAAUAUUUAACCUUUUACUUACUACUGAUAGUUUCAUAUUUUUUCUUUGCUUGAAUUUUUAAGAAUAAGAAUAUUGAGCUUUUAAUCCUAAAAUAUCUUUCUUAAAGUUUAAAGCAGUGUUAUUAUGAAUGCCUAAUCCCCUUUCCCAAACGGAGAAGUGCAUGUGCAAUACGAGCAUAAAAGAAGUUUUAAAAUCUUGGUUCAGGAAUAUAGACAAAGUCUCAAACACAUCUCAUCUCUGCUGCCAAACAAACAGAGCUUUCAGAAAGUAGACCACAUGAAAGCUAUCUUGGAGUUGCAACAAAUUCAGUCACUUCUCUUACUAAGACCCGUUUCCUCAGAUUUCUCAGUUUGCCCGGGUGACCAGCUCUUGGAAGAGUCGGGGUUGUGCCAAUCUUCUUUGAUUUGAGAAUUAUGGAGGCCGCUGUGCUCUUUGGAGCCUUCUGUGCAGCAGGAAUAUUUUUGUAGCCUUCCCCAGAUCUGUCCCUUUUAAUGAUUCUGUCUCUGAGCUCUGCAGGCAGUUCCUUUGACCUCAUGGCUUGUUUUUUUUUUCUCUGAUAUGCAUUGUACUACAUAUUAAACACUUAUUGUCCAUGUUCA